AGUGAGAGGUCUCACCGAGUCAAACCAUCUGUGCUUCCAGCCAGCUGUAACCAGGAGCCAAGUUCUCUGUCUUUGACAUUACAAAGAGAUAAACAGGCUCUUUGUAGGGGGGAAAUGGAAGACGACGUCUUAACGACGCUGAAGAUUUUAAUCAUCGGUGAAAGUGGCGUUGGCAAGUCCAGCCUCCUCCUACGAUUCACAGAUGACACGUUUGACCCGGAGCAGUCGGCGACGAUAGGUGUCGACUUCAAGGUGAAGACCAUAUCAGUGGAUGGAAACAAGGCAAAGCUGGCGAUAUGGGACACUGCAGGACAGGAGCGCUUUCGAACCCUGACACCGAGUUACUACCGCGGCGCCCAGGGAGUCAUCCUGGUGUACGACGUGACGAGACGAGAGACGUUCACCAAGCUGGACAACUGGCUCAAUGAGCUGGAGACCUACUGCACCAGGAACGACCUCGUCAAGAUGCUGGUGGGAAACAAAAUCGAUAAGGAUAACCACGACGUAGACCGAGCCGAAGGGCUGAAGUUCGCAAGAAAACAUUCCAUGCUUUUCAUCGAGGCCAGCGCCAAGACGAAGGACGGCGUCCAGUGUGCGUUUGAGGAGCUGGUGGAGAAGAUCAUCCAGACGCCCGGCUUGUGGCAGAGCGAGAGCCACGGCAGGGCGGUGCAGCUGACGGACGAAGACGCCGGGGGCGGAGCCUGCGGCGGCUACUGCUCCAUGCUUUAAACCACGCGACGCGACGGCAGCACAUGUUAACAUCUACACCCCAAAAACCCCCGUCUCUCUCUCUGUCCCUCUGUCUCUCGUCCUGAGCUGAGCUCUCUCUCCAGACGGUCGACCGUCCCCCACUAAGACACUAGUUUUGCACAGUUAGUAGAAAUGAUGCUGCGCAGCUCAGUCUCAAUUUAAAUGAGUCAGGCUUUUUUUUUCUUCCUGCUGUUUUAUUUUGUUUAUCUUUUAGGACCUGGUUCAAAGUCUCUGCUUCGAUUUCAAGCUGGGUUUUUUUUUUGUUUUUUUAGUCAAAAUAACUCUAGUGGAAGCCAAAGUCCGUCAGACAUCUUUAUUCUCAGUCUGUGUGAUCGGAGGGAACCCGGGUUCUCAGCCUCCAGCAUGCUGUCUUCUGUCCUAAGAGCUCGUUGCCUGAGCAACCACAUUCAUAUCGAUGCUGGCCCGACUUCUCUGCAGUGUUUGACCGGGGAUGUGCUUCAUCCCGCCCCCUCCUCUUCCUCACAGACUCUGUCGAUGUAUCGCUGCUGAUGGAGAAGCUUCUGGAUGCGUCGCUCGCACAGCUGCCUCGUUUUACUUCAGUGUUCGGAAUGCCGUUUUACCUCCUGUUAUUGACCUGGACUGUAAUCCUUUGCUUUGUUUCUGAAGAGCGCAUAAAUCAAAAGAGGCGGUCACCGCUGAGCGAGGAGAAACACUCGCUCACAAGACGGAUGAUGUCGGACACGUUGGCAGUUCGUCAGCAGAGGCGAGAAGUGUUCAGAUCGUGUUUCUACACAAUCUGGGAGGAUCAAAGUAACACCGUCGAGGCGCCGGUGUCUGAGAAAACCCGUUCAAAGUGUCCUGUGACUCAGAUCUCUGAACACAUUGUGUUUGAGCGCCGGUAUCUUUUCCUUCACGAUGGGUUCGGUGUCCUGAGUGGGACAGGAGGCCGUUGUUUUUAAAACCAGUUUAUGUUUGCAUGUGCCAUUCUUUGUCUUCGUCUUUGUCCAUCUUGGGACAUAAUCCUCUCGGACCGUUUUGUUAUAAAGAUUUUAACUUAUAUUAACGCAUCGCAUACAUGAGCGUUUGAAUUUAGAUUAGCUAAAUAUAAUUGAAUUAGAUUUUUAUGUACUUCUCAAAAUAAAACCGCGGUUUAUUUAAUAAAAUUUUUUUUUUGUGGUUAGAAACAAGUUGAACCAUGUAAAACCUUGUAAAUUGUACAUUUUAGGACUUUAAUGUACGAAUUGUAAAGCUGAAUGUACACAUAUCUGACUUUAAUCCGCCCGGUGUAUUAAACUUAAUAAAAUUCCUUUUUGAAGU